CAAAAUCUGGCGUCAGUUUUGCGCGCGCGCACCCACAGUUGACUUGUUCGUUCUGAAACACUUAUAUGUUUCGAUUAAUAUUUUAGACAGUGUUGUGCUGUGAUUGUGUUUGUUUUUAAACAGUAUACGAUAAUUUCUAUAAAAUGGAACCUUUGCAAGUGGAUGUUGUUCAUUUCUACCCUAAAGAGAACGCGCAGCCACACAAUACUAUCAAAUUUGAGACGGUGAACGAUGAGAAUCCUACAACAACGAUCGUGCGUCGCGGUCAGCCGUUCAACGGUGUCGUUCGUUUCACGCGGCCUUUUGAUGAAAAUGAAGAUAUCGUGCAACUUAUGUUCACACUUGGUGAUAAACCCCAGAUGGACACACAAGGCUCGAUGUUCAUCCACCGAGACGCCAUCACCGAUAAGCACACUUGGACCGCGAAGCUUCUAGAUGUGCAGUCAGACACCGUCUCAUUUGAGGUGUCCACACCUGUCACAGCUCCCGUAGGCUCCUGGGCACUCCGCGUUAUCACCAGACUGAAAAGUUCAUCCACCAAGGCCUUCUAUGACUUCGACCAGGAUAUCUAUAUUCUAUUCAACCCAUGGAACCCUGAUGACCAAACGUAUAUGGAAGACACUGGUCUGCUGCAAGAGUAUGUUCUUAAUGACGUGGGUAAAGUGUGGGUGGGACCGAUCAAGACCACGCGUGGGAAACCCUGGUUUUACGGACAGUUUGAUGCCGCUGUACUGCCGGCAUGCAUGUUCAUGCUUGACAGAGCUGAAAUGCCAUUCCACCAACGUGGCGACCCCGUGAAGAUGGCGCGUGUUAUAUCCCGUAUCGUGAACUCUAACGACGACGCGGGUGUGCUGGUCGGCCGCUGGGACGGGGAGUACGAGGACGGGACCGCGCCUGCUGAGUGGACCGGCUCUGUCGAUAUCCUCGCCCAGUACUUGGAGACGCAGCAGGAGGUGCCUUACGGACAAUGUUGGGUCUUCGCUGGAGUUGUCACCACGGCUUGCCGCGCGCUCGGUAUACCUUCCCGUGUCGUCUCCAACCUUGUAUCAGCUCAUGACGCUAACAGCUCCCUGACUGUGGACAAGUAUUACACUGAGACUAUGGAGGAGUUGGAUUACGAUCCAAACAACGUUAACGGAGCUGACUCCAUCUGGAACUAUCACGUGUGGAACGAUGUCUGGAUGGCGCGACCUGAUCUACCACCAGGUUACGGUGGCUGGCAAGCAAUAGACGCGACACCACAAGAGACAUCAUCAGGACUGUACCAAUGCGGUCCAGCGCCACUGGAGGCCAUCAAGCAGGGUGUCAUCGGUCUAGGAUAUGACGUGGAGUUCAUGCUGGCGUCUGUCAACGCGGACCUCAUGCGCUGGAGGAAAGACCCUGACGCGGAGACUGGAUUCUCUAUGGUCGACACUAAUAACUACCACAUCGGGCGUAUGGUCCUCACCAAGAAGCCGUACGUGUUCGAUCCUCUGGGCGACGAGGACAGACAGGACAUCACGGGCGAGUACAAGCACCGCGAGGGCACCGCCUCCGAGAGACUGGCGCUCAUGAACGGAGUGCGCUACUCCGAGAGGGCUAAGAGGUACUACGCGAUAGCUGGCAACCUCAGCAACGAGAUCACAUUCAAGCUGAGGGACAUCGACACGGUGCCCAUCGGACAGAACUUUAGGGUCACUGUUGAUAUUGAGAAUACCUCCGGAGAGGGCCGUAACAUAAAAGCAGCGCUGUCGGCGACCAGUGUGUUCUACAAUGGUGUUAAAUCAGAGGUUGUAAAGAAGGUGGAAGGAAAAAUCUUUGUAGGACCAGGGAAACGCGAAGAAAUCAGUAUCUCAGUGGCAGCCGACGAAUAUCUACCCAAGCUGGUAGAGUACUGCAAUAUGAAGAUCUCAGCAAUGGCUAUUGUGGACGAGACCAAGCAGUCGUGGGCCGACGACGACGACUUCCAAGUGCUGAAGCCUAACAUCGAUAUUAAAUUUAACGAGGACCUGAUCAUCGGCCAACCGAGCUUAGCGGUUCUAUCUUUCAUGAAUCCGUUAAACCGCGCGCUGUCGGGCUGCGAGUUCCGCAUCACGUCGUCCGGCCUGGAGGGACGCACGACGCGCAUCGCCGCGCCCGACACCGCCCCGCGCGCGCUCGUCACUUCACAACUACCCUUACAACCUACGAAACUGGGGACCAUAAAUAUUAUUGCAACAUUCAAAUCUGUCGAACUGAAGGACAUCACCGGAGCGGCGAGCGUUGAAGUCUUGGAAGGAUAAAUUAGUUUGCAUUAAGACUGCUUCACAAAAAAUGUGUUUAAAUAUUGUUAUAAUUAUUAUCUACUUUUUGUAUUUAAGAGUAGAUUUUUUUUAUUUUUUUACGUGAUAAUUUUUUAUUGUAUUUAUUAUGCAAAUACGCCGUAUGUAUGGCAACAUUUAUUGCAAAAGGUAGCUUUUACUCAGAUUUAAGCUGGUUAUUAAACAUUUAUAUGUAAGUUUCAGAGAUUAUAUUUUUAUACGAUU